AUAUGCCACUGACUUCCAUUUCUAGAAGACACAGAUAGAUUGCUUAAGCAACCAAAGGGCAUAGACAAAGAAAAAGGAAGUCAUCCGUCCUUCAGAAGCUUGGAGAACCUCGGGAAAGUGGGACAUACACAGGCAGCCAUAGAUACAUAUACAAGGAAAUAUUAAACUUACCAUGAAGAAAAAUAUUAUCAAUACAUGGUACUCUUUUGUAAACGUUCCCAAUGUGAUUACUCCAGAUAUUGAAAGCGAAAUAAGAAGGAUGGAAAAUGGAGUGGGCAGCUCCUUUUCUGAUGAUGAUGAUGAUGAUGGUGACAGCGCCUCCAUGUUUGAAGAAUCAGAGAAUGAAAACCCCCAUGCAAGGGGUUCCUGUAGACAUAACUCACACAGAGGGGGGCCAUCACAGAGGGAGCAGUACCUGCCUGGUGCCCUUGCGCUUUUCAAUAUUAACAACAGCAGCAAUAAUGAGCAAGAGCCAAAAGAGAAAAAGAAAAAGAAAAAAGAAAAGAAGAGCAAAUCAGAUGAUAAAAAUGAAAACAAAAAGGACUCAGAGAAGAAAAAGAAGAAAGCAAAGGAAAAAGAGAAGAAAAAGAAAGAGGAAAAAGACAAAGAUAAGAAAGAAGAGGAGAAGAAAGAAGUCAUGGUUAUUGAUCCCUCAGGAACCAUGUAUUACAACUGGCUGUUCUGUAUCUCUUUACCUGUUAUGUACAACUGGACUAUGGUUAUUGCAAGAGCAUGCUUUGAGGAACUUCAGUCUGAUUACCUAGCAUGUUGGGUCAUUUUAGAUUACAUAUCCGAUGUAAUCUAUCUUCUUGAUAUGUUUGUACGAAUAAGGACGGGUUACUUAGAACAAGGACUGCUGGUGAGGGAAGAGCCCAAGCUCAUAGAGAAAUAUAAAUCCACCUUGCAAUUUAAACUUGAUUUUCUUUCAGUGAUACCCACUGAUCUGCUGUAUUUUAAGCUGGGGUGGAGCUAUCCAGAAAUUAGAUUAAACAGACUGUUAAGGAUCUCUCGAAUGUUUGAGUUCUUCCAGAGAACAGAAACCAGAACCAACUACCCCAACAUCUUCAGGAUUUCUAACCUUGUUAUGUAUAUCGUCAUCAUUAUCCACUGGAACGCAUGUGUGUACUUCUCUAUUUCCAAAGCUGUCGGAUUUGGAAAUGAUACAUGGGUGUAUCCUGAUGUUAAUGAUCCUGAAUUUGGCCGUUUGGCCAGAAAGUAUGUAUACAGCCUUUACUGGUCUACACUGACUCUGACUACAAUUGGGGAAACACCGCCCCCUGUGAGGGAUUCCGAGUAUGUCUUUGUGGUGGUUGAUUUCCUAAUCGGAGUGUUAAUUUUUGCUACCAUCGUUGGUAACAUAGGUUCUAUGAUUUCCAACAUGAAUGCUGCCAGAGCAGAAUUUCAAGCAAGAAUCGAUGCAAUCAAGCAGUAUAUGCAUUUUCGAAAUGUAAGCAAAGAUAUGGAAAAGAGAGUUAUCAAAUGGUUCGACUACCUGUGGUCCAACAAAAAAACAGUUGAUGAGAAGGAAGUCUUGAAGUAUCUCCCCGAUAAGCUGAGAGCAGAGAUUGCCAUCAACGUCCACUUAGACACUUUAAAAAAGGUGCGCAUUUUUGCGGACUGUGAAGCUGGGCUUUUGGUGGAGUUGGUCUUGAAACUGCAACCCCAAGUCUACAGUCCCGGAGAUUACAUUUGCAAGAAAGGGGAUAUUGGACGGGAGAUGUACAUCAUCAAAGAAGGCAGACUCGCUGUGGUGGCCGAUGACGGAGUCACUCAGUUUGUGGUACUGAGUGACGGCAGCUACUUUGGUGAGAUCAGUAUCCUUAACAUUAAAGGCAGCAAAGCCGGCAAUCGGAGAACAGCCAAUAUUAAAAGUAUCGGCUACUCAGAUCUGUUCUGUCUCUCCAAAGACGACCUCAUGGAAGCUCUGACUGAGUACCCAGACGCCAAAACUAUGCUAGAAGAGAAGGGAAAGCAAAUCUUGAUGAAAGAUGGUCUACUGGAUAUAAAUAUUGCAAACGCUGGAAGUGAUCCCAAAGAUCUCGAAGAGAAGGUCACCCGAAUGGAGGGGUCGGUAGACCUCUUGCAAACGAGGUUUGCUCGGAUUCUGGCUGAGUAUGAGUCAAUGCAGCAGAAACUGAAGCAAAGACUAACCAAAGUUGAGAGAUUUCUGAAGCCACUCAUUGACACAGAAUUUUCAGCUCUUGAAGGAUCUGGAGUUGAAAGCGGGCUCCUGGACUCCACGCAGGACUGAAAAAGUGGUCACUACCAAGGACGUGCCUCAUGAUCCUUUUGAGGGUGGGAUUAAGCAAC